AUGUGGGGUGUUGGUGUGGUUGGUUUGUUUGUUUUGGGGGUGAGGGGGAUUGAUUAUUUUGUGGGGGGGUGGGGUGGUGGUUGGGGGGGGGGUGGGUGGUGGGGGGGGGGGGUGUGUAGGGUGGGGGAGUGGGUGGGGUUUGUGUGGUGUGGGUUGUGGGGGUGUUGGGGGGGGGUGGGGUGGUGGGGGGGGGUGGGUGUGAGGUGUGUUGGGUUUAUUGGGUGGGUGUUGUGGGGGUGGGUUUUGGGGUGGAUUUUUGGGUUGAGGUGGGGUUUUGGGUGUGGGGUUUGUGGGUUUGUGGGUGGUGAGUGGGGUUGUUGGGGGUUUUUUGGUUGUGUGUAUGGUGGGUUGUGGGGGGUUGGUGGUUGUGGGGGGGGGUGUAUUUUGGUUGGUGGUUGGGGGGGUGGGUGGUUUGUGUUGUGUGGGAUUGGGUAUUGGGGUGGUGUUUUGGGGGUGGGUUUGUGUUUAGGUGGUGGGGGGGGGUUUGGGUUGUUGGGGGUUGUUUUGUGGGGGUUGAUGGGAGUGUUAGUAUUUGUUAGGAAGGGGGGUGGGGGUGUGGUGUGGUUGUUGUUUGGUGUUUGGGGGGGGGGUGUUUGGGUUUGGGUGUGUGGUUGGGUGUUUGGGGGGGGGGGGGGGGGUUUUGUGGGGUGUGGGGGGUGGGGUUGUUGUUGUAGAAUAAUAUAUAUUUUUUUUUUUGGGGGGGUGGGUUGGUUUGGGGGUGGUGUGGGGUUUGGUUGGUUUGUUGUGUGUUGGGGGGGAGUGUUGGGUUUGUUUGUGGUGGGGGGGGGUGGGUGUUUGUGGUUAUGGGGGGUGGAUUUGUGGGGUUGGUUUUGUUGGAUUUGGUUGUGGUGUGUAUGUGUGGGGGUGUGGGGGGUGUUGGGGGGGUGGGUUGGUGGGGGGGGGGUGGGGGGUUUGUGGGGGUUAAGGGGUUUGGUUGGUUGGGGUGGGUUGGGUGUGGGUGUGGUGGGGUUUGGUGGGGGGGGUGGGUGUGGGGGUGAUUGGGGGGGGGGGGGGGGGGGGUGGGUUGGUGGGGGUGUUGGGGGGGGUGGGGGGUGGGGGUGUUGUUGGGGUUGGUGUGGUUGGGGUUGGUGGGGGGGGGGGGGGGGGGUGUGUGGUGGGGGGUGGGGGGUGUGGGUGGUGGGGGUGGUGUUGGUGUUGGGGUGGUGGGGUGGUGGGGGGGGGGUGUGUGGUGGUUUGUGGUUUGUGUGGGUGUGGGGGUUGGUUUUAGGUUGGUGUGGUGGAAUUGAUUGUGGGUGUUGUGGUUUGGGGGGGGGGUUGGGUGGGGUGUAUUGGUGGGGGGGUUGUGUUGGGGUGGGGGGGUGGGGGGGGUGGGGGGGGGGGUUGGGGGGGGGGGGGGGGGUUUUUGGGGUUUGGGGGGGGGGGGGGUGGUGUGGGAGGGUGGGUUGUGUGUGUGUUUUGGGGGUGGGGUGGUUUUGGUUUGGUGGUUGGGUGGUUUGUGUUAUAUUUGGUGGGGGUUGGGGUUAUGGAGGGUUGGGUUUGGGGGGGUGGUGUUGUGUGGUUGGGUUUGUGGUGGGGUGGGGGGGGGUGGGGUGUGUUUGGGUUUGGUGGGGUUGGGGUGUGGUGGGUUGGGUGUUGGGGUUUGGGUGGUGGUGGGGGGGGGUUUGGGGGGGGGUGUGGUGUUGUGUGUUGUUGUUGUUGUGGGUAUGUGUUUGGGUUGGGGUUGUGGGGGUUGGGGGGGUGGGUGUGUGGUGGUGUGGGGGGGUGUGUGGGGUGUGGGUGGUGUGGUUGUUUUGGAUGGUUGUGGGGGGGGGGUUGGGGGUGGGGGGGGGUGGGUGGGGUUUUGGGUGGGUGGGGGGUGGGUUGUUUGGGUGUGUUUUGGUGUGGUUUGUGGGGUGGGGGUGGGGGGUGGGGUGGGGGGGGUGGGGGGGUGGUGGGGUGGGGGGGGUGGGGGGGGGUGUUGUUGGGGGUGUGUUUGGGGUAUUUUUGUUUGUGUUGUUAUGUUGGUAUGUUUUUUUGGGGUGGGGGGUGGUGGGGUGGGUUUGUUUUGUGGGUGGGUGUGGGGGGGUUUGUUUGGUUGUGUGUGGUUGGGGGGGGGGGUGGUGUGGGUGGUUGUUUGUGUGUGUAGGUGUUUGUUAUAUUGGUUUGUUGGUUUGUGGUGGGUGGGGGGUGGUUUGGGUGGUUGUUGGGGGUUGUGUUUUUGGUUAUUGGGUAUUGGGUAUGUUGUGUUGUGUUGGUGUUGGGGGGUGGGGGGGGGGGGGGGGUUGUGUUUGGUGGGUAGGGGUGGUUGGGGGGGUUUUGUGUGAGGGGUGUGUGGGGGGGGGGUGUGGGGGGGGGGGGUGGGAUGGGGUUUGGGGGUUGGGGGUGUGUGGGUUGGGGGGGGGUUGGGGGGUUUGGGGGGGGGUUGGGGUUUGGGGGGGGGUUGGGGUGUUUGGGGGUAGGGGGGUGGGUUUGGGGGGUUGGGGGGUUGGGGGUUGGGGGGUUGGGGGUUGGGGGUUGGGGGUUGGGGGGUUGGGGGGGGGGUUGGGUGUUGGGUGUGGGGGUUGGGGGGUUGGGGGGUUGGGGGGGGGUUUGUGGGUGGGGGUUGGGGUGGGGUUUGGGGUUUGUGGGGGUUGGUGGGUUGGUGUGGGUUGGGGGUUGGGGGGGUGGUGGGUUUGGGGGUUGGGUUGUUGUGGGGUUGGGGGGGGUUGGGGGUGUGUGUGGUGUGUGUGGGUUUGGGUUGUUUUUGGGUUUUGUUUGUUGGUUGUGUUGUGGGUGGUUGUGGGGUUGGGUGUGUGUGGUUGGGUUGUUGGGGUUGUGGGGGUGUUUUUGGGGUGGUUGUUUGUGGUGGGGUGGGUGUGUGUGUUUGGUGGGGGGGGGGGGGUUGUGGGUGGGUGUGGUGGGUGGGGUGGGUGGGGGGGGGUGUGGUGGUGUGUGGGUUGUUGUGGGGUGGGGGGGGUGGGUGUUUGGGUUGGUUGUUUGUGUGGUGGGGUUUGGUGGUGGGGUGUUGGUGGGGGUUUGGUGGGGUGGUUUGGUGGGUGGGGUUGUGGGUGGGUUUGGUGUGGGGGUUUGGUGUUGGGUUUGGUGGAGGUGUUGUGUGGGGUUGUGUGGGUUUGGUGGUGGGGUUUGGUGGGUGGUGUUUGGUGGUGGGGUUUGGGUGGGUUGGGGUUGGUGGUGGUUUUGGGUGGUUGGUGUGGGGUUUGGUGUGGGGUUGGUGGUGGGUUUGGUGGGUGGGGUUGGUGGUUUGUUGGGUGGGUUUGGUGGUGGGGGGGGGUGGGGGGUGGGGGGGGGGGGGGGGGGUGGUGGGGGGGGGUGGUGGGGUGGGGGUGGGGGGGUGGGGGUGUUUUGGGGGGUGUUGGGGUGGGGGGUGGGGGGGUGGUGGGGGUGUGGGGGUGGGGGUGUGUGUGGGGGGUGUGGGUUGGGUGGGGGGGGGGGUGUGGGGGGGGGUUGGGGUGUGUGUGGGGGGGUGUGGUUGGUGGUUGGGUUGUUUUUUGGGGUUUUUUUUUGGGGGGGGGGGUUGGUGGGUGGGGGUGGGGUGGUUGUGUGGGUUGGGGGGGGGUUUUGGGUUGUUUGGUUGUGGGGGUGGGUGGGGUGGUUGUGGGGGGGUUGGGUGGGGGUGUGUGGGGGGGGGGUUUGGUGGGUGUGGUGGGGUGUGGGGGUGGGGGGUUGUUUUGGGGGGGGGGGGUUUGGUGGGGGGGGUUUGGGGGGGGGUUUGGGUGGUGUUUGGGGGGGGUGGUUGGUGGUGUGGGGGGGGGGGGGGGGGGGUGUUUGGGGGUGGGGGGGUUGGGGGGUGGGGUUGGGGUUGGUGGGGGGGGGGGGGGUGGUGGUGGGGGGGGUGGGGGGGUUGGGGGGGGGGUUGUGGGUGGGGGGUGGUUGUGGUGGGGGUGUGGUGGGUGGGUGUGGGGGGUGGGGGUUUGGGUUUGUGUGGGUUGGGUUUUUGGGUGUGUGUGUGGGGUGUGGUUUUGUGUUGGGUGGGGGGGGGGGGGGGGGUUUGUUUUUGUUGGGGGUGGGGUUUGGGUGUUGGGGUGUGUGUGGUGUGUUUGGUUUGGGGUGUUUGUUUGGGGUGGGGGGGGGGGGGGGGGGGUGGUUUGGUGGGGGGGUGGGUUUUUGGGGGGGUUGGGUGGGUUGUUGGGUUGUGGUGGGGUGGGGGGGGGGGGGGGGGGUGGGGGUGGUGGUGGGGUGUGGGGUGGGGGGGGGGGGGGGUGGGGGGUGGGGGUGGGGGGGGUGGGGGUGUGGGGGGGUUUUGGGUGGGUGGUGUGGUGUGUUGUGGUGGGGGUGGGGGGUUGGGGGGUUGGGGGGGGUGGGGGGGGUGUUUGGGGGUGGGUGUUGGGGGGGUGUUGUUGUGGGGGGGGUGUGGGGGUGGGGGGGUUGGGGGUUGGGGGGUUGGGUGUGUUUUGGUUGGGUGGGGGGGGGGGGGUUGGGGGUUGGGGGGGGUUUGUUGGGGUGUGGUGUGGGUGUGUUUGGUGGGUGGGGGGGGGGUGGGGGUGGGUUGUGGUUGGGUUGGGUUGGGGAUGGUGGUGGGUUUGGGUUUUGGGUGAUAGUGUGGGGUGUGGGGUGUGGUUUGGGGGGGGGGGUGGGGGUGGGGGUGGGGUGUUGGGUGGUGGGUGUGGGGUUGGGGUGGGGGGGGGGGGGGUGGUGGUUGGUGUUGGUGGUUGUGGGGGGGGUGUUGGUGGGUGGGUGGGGGUUGGUGGGGGGGGGGUGUGGGGGGUGGGUGGUGGUUGUUGUUGGGUUUGGGGGUGGUGUGUGGGGGUUGGGGUGGUUUUUGUUGUGUGGGGGGUGUGGGUGGUGGGGGGGGUGGUUUGGUGUGUGUGGGUGGUGGUUUGGGGGGGGGGGGGGUUGUGGGGGGGUGGGUGGGGUGUGGGUUGGGGUGGGGGGUGUGUGUUUGGGGGGGGGGUGGGGGUGGGGGGGGGGGUGUGUGUGGUGGUGGUGUGUGGGGGGGGGGUGGGGGGGGGUUUGGUGGGGGGUGGUGUGGGUUUGUGUUGGGGGGGGGGGGGGGGGGUGGUUUUGUGGGUGGUUGUGUUUUUUUUUGGUGGGUGGUGUGGGGGGGUGGUGGGGUGUUGGGUUUGGGGUGUGUGGGGUGUGGGGGUGGUGUGGGGGGGUGUUGGUGGUGGUGGUGUGUUGUGGUUUGGGGGGGGGUGGGGGGGUUGGGUGUGGGGGGUUGGGGGGGGUGGGGGGGGGGGUUGUGGUUGUUGGGUGUGUUGGGGUGGGGGGGGUGUGGGUGGGGGUUGGGUUGGGUGGGGGUUGUUGGGUGGGGUGGGGGGGGGGUGUGUGUGGUGUUUGGGUUUGUUGAUUUGUUGUUUGGGGUGUGGGUGGUUUGGGGUGUUGUGUGGUGUGGGUGGUGGUUGGGGGGGGGGGGGGGGGGUUUGUGGGGGGGCUCCCCCCGAAACCCCCCGGCACCUGCACCGUCAUGAAUAUCCUCUAAUGGAAGUGUCCCUGACCUCAGACCCUCAGAGAUCCCCAAGUGUCUUUAAGUACGACCUGCAGAACAAAACCUAA